GGGGGCGGAGCUAUGAUGGGAGCCGCCUGCGAGUCGUAGGUAGCCGGCGUAGCGGCGUUGAAACCCGACUGCACUUCUGAAGAGCAAGUCGUGACCAUGAAGGAAGAGAAGGACCAUAGGCCUAAGGAGAAGCGAGUAACCCUGUUAACGCCCCAGGGAGCCACAGGCAGCGUCGGUGGGACUCCGGGGGACUGCGGCAAAGGGGACGAUAAGCAGGAUCGCAAUAAAGAGAAGAAAGAGGCGCUGAGCAAGGUGGUAAUUCGAAGAUUACCUCCCACUUUGACCAAGGAGCAGCUUCAGGAACAUCUUCAACCCAUGCCUGACCAUGAUUAUUUUGAGUUUUUUUCUAAUGAUACUAGUCUGUAUCCUCAUAUGUAUGCCAGAGCAUACAUCAACUUUAAAAACCAAGAGGACAUUAUCUUGUUCAGGGAUCGGUUUGAUGGCUAUGUAUUCCUUGACAAUAAAGGUCAGGAAUAUCCUGCUAUAGUAGAAUUUGCACCUUUUCAAAAAGCUGCAAAAAAGAAGACUAAGAAAAGAGAUACCAAAGUUGGAACUAUUGAUGAUGAUCCAGAAUAUAGAAAAUUUUUGGAAAGUUAUGCUACAGACAAUGAGAAAAUGACAUCUACUCCAGAGACACUGCUAGAGGAAAUAGAAGCAAAAAAUAGAGAAUUGAUAGCUAAAAAGACAACCCCACUUUUGAGCUUCCUGAAAAACAAGCAGAGAAUGAGAGAAGAAAAGAGAGAAGAAAGAAGGCGACGAGAAAUAGAAAGAAAACGGCAGAGGGAAGAAGAGAGAAGAAAGUGGAAAGAAGAAGAGAAACGAAAAAGGAAAGAUAUAGAAAAGCUGAAGAAGAUAGACAGAGUUCCAGAAAGGGACAAAUUAAGGGAUGAACCAAAGAUAAAGGUACACAGGUUUCUGUUACAAGCUGUGAAUCAGAAAAAUUUGCUCAAGAAACCAGAAAAGGGAGAUGAAAAAGAAUUGGACAAAAGAGACAAAGCCAAGAAACUGGAUAAAGAGAAUCUGAAUGAUGAGCGAACCAGUGGGCAAAGCUGUACGUUGCCCAAGCGUUCUGAUGUUGAAUAUAAAGAUGAAAAGCCAAAGAGACCUGAAGAUGAUAGUGGCAGAGACUACAGGGAGAGGGAUCGGGACUACGAACGAGAUCAGGAGCGCAUACUGAGAGAGAGAGAGAGACUGAAGCGGCAAGAAGAAGAGCGCCGUAGGCAGAAGGAGCGUUAUGAGAAAGAGAAGGCUUUCAAGAGAAAAGAAGAAGAAAUGAAGAAAGAAAAAGAAGCACUUCGGGAUAAAGGAAAGAAGAAUGAAAGUACAGAAUCAUUAGGCAGCUCAGAAAAAACUGAAAAGAAAGAGGAAGUGGUUAAGAGAGAUCGCAUAAGAAACAAGGAUCGCCCAGCAAUGCAGCUUUACCAACCAGGAGCUCGAAGCCGAAAUCGACUCUGUCCCCCUGACGACAGCACCAAGUCUGGAGAUUCAGCAAUAGACAAAAAGCAGGAAAGUGGUAUUAGCCAUAGAAAAGAAGGGGGAGAGGAGUGAUAAGUCCAAAUGGUCCUAGAUAUCCUGACUGUCCAGGCCGCCAAAGAGCACGUAUUCAGCAAUCCAGAAGUGCCCUCAGGGCAAAGGAAUAGAGAGAAAGAAAGGGUGUCGCUGUGCUGGUGAGGUGCACUGCAGAGGAGUAUGUUUAGCGGUAAAGCAGGAAUCUGAUUGCAGGCUCAGAAUUGGGAAGUACAAUUUCAUUGUUUUUGUGUUUUCUACAAAUUAACUUUAAAGUGCCAGAAAAAGACGAUGGUGAGGACACGUGUUGCAAUUUGCAGGCGGGAAAUGUCAAGUGAGGACUUAAUUAUGUGUGACACAAGCAAAAAAAAAAAAAAAAAAAAGGAGAGCUGGCUCUAAAAAAAGAUGUUGUUAAUCCUGGCUUGAAUUUUCUUAGUUUGAGUGGAGCAGAGUCACUUUGAACUCUUGUUCAGAUCGUUAUCUUGCAUUGUUGUUGAUAACUGUUGACUUUGUAUAGUGUAGAAGCAACAAGCAUGUAAUUGUAAUACAAGUACAGUGAAGGAUUUAACAAAUUUUCACUGCAAAAAUCGAACUAGUCAUCUUAUAGCUAUACCCUAUGUCCUAAAAGUUAAGGAUUAGUUUUCUGUUUGCUUAUGUGAGCUUGGCAUGAGGAAUAUUUUUAAACAUCUCAUUCUGCCUUUAGCAGUUUUUCUACUAAUAGGUAAAAUGUAGUCCUUGUUUGGUUCUUGACAAUCCAGUCUUUGUUUUACCUUAGGUCUCAUAAUCUGAGAGCAUACCCUCUCCAGGAAGGAAACUGCACACAAAUAUCUGUUCCUGUUAAGUAACAGCUUCAAGUCUUAACUUGUUUUGUGCUGAUGUCAAUAAAUAUCAACAGCACUCA